AUGGAGGAGGGGGCUUAUGGCUGGAUCACCAUCAACUAUCUCUUGGAGAGUUUUAUCAAGACAGUGAAUAAAACAGAUUCAGCUUUUAAUCUCCAGCUCUACGGGUACAAAUAUGAGUUGUACACACACAGCUACUUGUGCUUCGGCAAGGACCAGGCUUUGAGGAAACUUCAGGUCUACCUUCACAAGACUGCUGGAUCCUCACCUGUAAUCAGUCACCCAUGCUACCAUGUCGGAUAUAACCUCAGUCUUACUUUGAAUGACCUUUAUAACUCCCCUUGUGUGGUCAAACCAAACAAUUUCAACACCACGGCUACAGUCCUUUUCUCAGGAACGGGUGACUCAUUCCUCUGUCUUUCUCUAAUGGAGAACAUUGUUAACCUGACCGAUUGUGCAUUUUCACCAGACUGUGGCUUCAGUGGUCAGCCUCCGGUCAAUGGCGAAUUCUUUACCUCACAAACAGUGAAAUAA